CCGCACGGGCCCGGCCCAAAUACCCUCGCCCUCGCGCUCUCGCCACAAACCCUAACCCUACCUCCCCACCGGCUCGCCGCCGCCGCCGGUCCGUCGUCGUCGGCCCACUCCGUUCGAGGCAACGGAGUUGGCUGGCGCGAAGGUCACUUGGUCUGGAGUUAAGCGCGUGUUGUAAUGGAGGGGCGCGGGAACCCUCUGCUCAACACCACAGAUGCUGUGAUCAAGAAGCCAAGGAGUGUCGCAUCCAGGAAGCCAAGGUCCACGGAGCAGCUCACCUCUGAGUACAAUGGCAUUUGCCCGCCAUCUCGGAGCGCUCCCCAUGACGACGACACUGGCAUUGAAGCUGGUGGGCAUCGGAGGAAAGAGCUACAACUAAAUAGCCCUGAAAUGAAGGGCUCCAUGGCUCAUAGGAGUGACGUGCCCAGGAAGAUAAGAAGGGAUGAUAGAUCUGGAGGCGACCAUGAUGGCCAUGGUCGGAGCAGCAAAACGAAGGAUGCCGCCAAGCAUGGAAGUGAUGGUGUUCUUGCCCUAGAGUGCACAGCAAGAAACAAUGGAUCCCCUGAUAACCCACAGUUGGUCCCCAGAGAUGACUGUGUGCCUGGUGAAAAUAGGCCGAGAAAAGUAAAGUUCAAAGUUGUCGGGAUUAAUCGAACCCUACAUACCAAAAUUGGCCAGGAUGCUGGUGGCAGUGGCAUUCCUGCCACGUCGGAUGGCUCUAUUCAUCAGUACAAGCAAAAGGAUUCUGCUGGUCACACAAACAAAGAUACCAAUGGUAAUCAUGUUGAAGGAAAACAUGGCAACAGGCAUGAAAUUUCUCCGUCUUCUGACCUUGUUCGCAAGAGCAAAAGGAUUCCUAAGAAGAAAACACUUGACGGAGAUUCUGACGAUGAAGAUGGUGAAUUGCGCUACCUGGAAAAACUCAAAGGGGCUAAAGUUGCACCAGAUCCUGUGAACACUGACCAUGAAGCUUAUGAUUUUGGUGAUGAUGCUCUCAAGAAAAAGAAGCUAUCCAAGCUUUCUAAAAAUAAGAGUACCCCAUACGAAGUGGAUGAGGACUUCAGAAUGUCUCGAUCUGGCAGGGAUGGUAGGAAGAAGUCCAAUUUAGGGGAUGACAAUGAGUUUAUAGAAGAGGAGGAAUCUGAGAUGGAUGAAAAGAAUGGGCUAAAGGAAGCUGAUUCAUCUCAAGAUGUGAAGAUAGAAACCCCUGGGCUUACAACAAGACAGCGAGCCCUUCAAGGCAGGGGCGGGAAUGGUGAAAGCUUUAUUGAAUUUCCUGAUGGAUUACCAGUGGCUUCAUCAAGAAGGCAAAAGGAGAAGCUCUCAGAUGUGGAGAUACAAGCCAAAAAAGCAGAAGCUGCGCAGAGGCGUAAGAUGCAAGUUGAGAAGGCAGAGAAAGAACAACAGGCUGAAGCAAUGAGGAAGAUACUGGGUAUAGAUUCUGAGAAGAAAAAGGAAGAGAAGAAGCUGAAAGAACGGGAAGAGAGGGAAAAACAAGCAAGAUUGGAAGAAAACAGGAAAAACUGCGUCCGGACUGUCAUGAGCCCAACUGGAACUGUGAUUACAUUCCCUGAGGGUAUGGGGCUUCCAAGCAUAUUCAACUCCAAACCUGUCAGCUAUCCACCUCCAAGGGAGAAAUGUGCAGGCCCAUCGUGCACAAACCCGUACAAAUACCGUGACUCCAAGACGCUGCUCCCUCUCUGCAGCCUGGCGUGCUACAAGGCUGUCCAGGGCCGUCCUCCUGCCCAGGGAAGUGAAGCUGGCCAGGGAAGCAGUGCUGCCCAGGGGAGUGAAGGUGGACAGGGAAGCAGUGCUGCCCAGGGAAGCGAUGCUGGCCAGGGAAGUGUCCCUACCCAGGGAACUGACGCCGCCCAGGGAAGUGGUGGGAAGCAAGCAUGAUGAAUCUAGUUAUCUGACGCGAUUCAACCGUGACCGUCAGUUGGCUGGAGAAGUGUAUGUCGACAUGGCCAGCUCGCUGGUGUGUUGUUUUUUCGGUUUCCGCUGGUAGUAGUCUAACAAUCAAUCAACCUGACAAAAGAUGGGGUGACUGCCGGUUUCCUUCUGCCCGUGGUAAACCAAGCCGGGCUUCGUAAUGGUGGAUCUGAGUUUUAAACUUAUGGUGACAUGGUGUGGUCGGUUCGGUGUAUGGGACUAGUCGAGAAAUAUGAGGAAAAAAAAGUUGUACAGCAAUC